AUGACUGGUGGUAUUGAUACUGGUAGUACUUCUCAGACUUUAAUUGGAAAAUUAGAUAUAGGUGAUCCAUUAUAUCUGCAUCCAAGUGAUUCAAGUGCAUUGACAAUUGUUAAUAUCAAACUAAAAGGAACAGAAAAUUAUUCUGUAUGGUCUAGUGCUAUGAAACUGGCUUUAGAAGCAAAAAACAAAUAUGGUUUUAUUGAUGGAAAAUGUGUUAGGUCUGAGAGUGACUCUGUGUUAGCUAGUCAGUGGGACAGGUGUAAUUCAGUGGUACUUACUUGGUUAUUAAACUCUAUAUCUGAGGAACUUUUCUUAGGACAAGUGUUUUCUAAGCUAGCUUCAGAGGUCUGGACUGAUCUUAAAGAGUCAUUUUAUAGGGUUGAUGGUUCUAUUGUAUAUGAUUUGUAUAAAAGAAUUAAUAGUGUUUCACAAAAUGGUACUUCAGUUGCUGAAUAUUAUAAUAAGCUUACAACUAUGUGGAAACAAUUUGAUGCUAUGUUGCAUCUUCCUACAUGCUCUUGUCAAGCUGCAAAAGAUUUUAACGAUUUUUCAACUUUAAUAAAAUUAAUGCAGUUUUUAAUGGGACUGGAUGAUGUUUAUCAGUCAGUCAGAACAAAUCUAUUAACAAGAGAACCAUUACCCUCUGUUAAAGUGGCUUUCUCUGUUGUUUCAAGAGAAGAGUCACAUAGAAUGUCUAGUACUGGGUCAAAGACUCAGAAUGUGGCAUUUGUGUCUAGAACAAAUCAAUCUUUUGAUCAAAAGAAAAGAUUUAAUAAAGGCUCUAAUUCAAAUCUAAAAUGCACACAUUGUAAUAUGUUGGGACAUACUGUGGAUAGAUGUUUUGAGAUUAUAGGUUAUCCAUAUGGGUUUAAAAAAAGAAGUAAUAAUAACAAUCAGUCUGGUAAGUCUAAUGUGGCUAGUGGUAAUAAAAGUAAUGCUGUUAAUAAUGUUUCUUCAUCUGUGGGUAGUUCUGGAUUUCCUUUCACCUCUGAACAGAUUGUAAAACUAUUAAGUUUAGUUGGAGAAAAAAGUGUGUCAGAUUCUCAGAAUCCGAAUGUAGGAGGGGCUAGUCAACAUAUGGUUAAAACAGACAAAGAUUUAAUAAAUAGUGUUGUUGUUUCAGAGUUUAACAUAAUUGUUAGUCAUCCUAAUGGCACUAAUGUUAAGGUCUUAAAAAUUGGAGAUUUAAAAUUAACAAAUGAGUUAAUAUUAAAAGAUGUCUUCUAUGUUCCAGGGUAUAGUGAUUCCAGUUCAAAGAAAAUCCUGAUGAGUGGUAGUCAAAAUUGUGGCCUGUAUUUUGUAGGCAAUUCUGGUAAUCUGUUUAAUGCUUGUUUUAAUAGUUCUGUUCAGUCUUUUACUUGGCAUAGUAGGUUAGGACAUCCUUCUGAUCAGGUGUUAGCAGUAUUAAAACAAAGUCUUAAAAUUCAUUCAAGUGAACAUGGUCCAUGUGAUAUUUGUCAUAGGGCUAAACAAGUUAGGGUUCCUUUUCCUUUAAGUGAACACAAGUCAAGGGCUGUAGGAGAUCUUAUACACUUAGAUGUAUGGGGUCCUUAUAGAGUGUUUUAUGAACUUGUGUUAACUCAGUUUAAAAAGAAAGUUAAAAUCAUUCGAAGUGAUAAUGGAACAGAGUUUGUAAACAGUCAAAUGAAUAGUUUCUUUAAAACCAAUGUUUCUAACAUACCCGAUGAUGAAGAGGGUACAAAUGGUGCUCAAGAUCCUAUUGAUGUGUGUCGUGAUGAUCAGCAACCAUUGUCUCCCUCUACAUCAGCCCCUGUAUCAGGUGUUGAGAUGACUCUGCAAAUUGAACAGGAGGGCAGUAGUGGACAUGAUACAAAUGAGAGGGCAGAGGACACUAUAGUUUCAAAUGUUGAGACCAACCAAUCUGAGGGUAAUACUAGUGUUAGAAAAUCUUCUAGAAAUAUUGUUUUGCCUAGAAAAUUUGGUGAUUUUGUUGUUGAGGGUAAAGUUAAAUAUGGAGUUGAAAAAGUUGUUAAUUAUGCAAACUUGUCUUAUGAAAAUAUGUGUUUUGUUGCUUCGUUGAAUAAAGUAGUUGAACCUACCUGUUAUAAUGAAGCUGCUAAAAAUGAUAAGUGGGUUGAUGCUAUGAAUAGUGAAAUGGAAGCCUUAUAUAGAAAUAAUACUUGGGUAUUAGUUGAUCUUCCUAAAGAUAGAAAACCAAUAGGCUGUAAAUGGGUCUAUAAGGUAAAAUAUAAGGCUAAUGGGGAAGUUGAAAGAUAUAAAGCUAGAUUGGUUGCCAAAGGGUUUAACCAAAGAGAGGGGCUUGAUUUUGGUGAAACUUUUUCACCAGUUGUUAAAAUGACUACUGUUAGAAUUGUGUUAAAGUUGGCUGUUAAUAAACUAUUGGCCAUUGUAUCAAAUGGAUGUUAA